GUCAACCUAAGCAUCCGGACGAUGCGAAGAGGUGGGAGAUAUACUUGAAGUCACUGAAGUUCCUCCAUGUGCCGUCAAGUGCAGUUCGCCCCUCAGCGGAGUCAGUAGUAAAAGGCUGGCCAGGCAUGGAUUUUGUGGAUGAUCAAAGGCCCAGGGGAUUACGCGUGUUGCUCGAUACCGGCUCUAGCGUCUCGUAUUUGCCUUCGCCUUUCGUCGAGCAAUUCUGCUCGGACGUCUAUUAUGAUGGGGAGACCCCCGUCGAGGUCCUUAUGAGUGAGAAAUUCCCAAACACAUACAAGGUACCUGCUUGGGUGGAAAGCGACGAAAGGAAAGUGGAGGUUUUGUAUGAGUUCGAAGGUGCAGGCGGCCGAAGUGUCCAGGUAUCUGGGCCGUUCGAGAAAUUCUUCUACCAAAAAAACCCCACUCGCUCGGGCCCCCAUCGGCCGUUGGAGGGUUUGAUGUUCCCGCAACGCCGAUCUGACAGCCACGGUGUUUUUGGUCUGAACUUCUUCCAGAGCAUGUACGUCUCACUCCACCAAGCGAAGAACGGUCUCGACUUCGUACGGAUGGCCGCACAAUGGCCCGAGAACUUCAAAACCGACUUGCGAGACUACGAGAUUACAGGUCUUUCGGCCACUUAGCAAUCGAACAGUGCAGGCGCAGUCUC